AUGGACAAAUUCCCAAACGAUCCCAUCUUCACUAAGCUCCUCGAGCUCAGGGACUCAGCUGAGGGCGUCCUGAUCCACGACGACUACGGUAUCGACGCAACGCUCGAAGACCUACUCUACGAUAUCAUAGGUCUGCGCGAAGACCUGCGAAGGAAGCUCCCUGCUGCCUGGUUCGACGCCAGAGGCUUCUUAACUCCCGAUGCUGACCGGAUAGCGACAAUCUCGUUAAGCGGUUAUUACUUUCUGGUGGGGUUGUUUGCGAUUGCUGCCCUAGGGGGGACGUGCGUGGUGCUGCCAACGACACAUGCGGCAUCUGCACCUCAGCCAGAUGAGGCUCUCAAGGUCUUGCGCAUGGCUGACGCGGUGUAUCUCCUGACCGAGCCUAAUGCCACCCGCGAAGUUGCCGUGCUUAGAGAAGCUGCACCAGACAUCCAUACAAUUCCUAUCAAGCGCAGACAAAGGCAAGGACCAAACGGUGGAUCGGAGAUUGAGUUUGAGAUCGAUGAGAGCCUCAUCAUCGACCCCCUCCGUCCCUGUGCUGUCAUCGCAACCUCCGGCAGCACCACCGGGGAACCCAAGUGCGUCCUCGUGCCUCGCCAGACCUUCUUCUUUGACUACUCCGACUCUAAAAGCUCCGACUCUAACUCAGAGGAGAGUUUCAAUUCCGAUCUUGCUGAGUCUAGCCGCAUAUUCCUAGCCUACCGCUCCGUGCACUGGAUGGGCGGCUGCGUAGGUCUCCUCGCCCGGCUUCUCAACGGGGUGAAGAUCCACUGGCCUCUGCGUCGACGAGACCCAGGCAUGUUCUGGGAGAUCUUCAAGCAAGGUAUCAUCACGGAUAUAUCGUUCCCGCCAUCGCUGUUUAAAAGCCUAGAGGAAUACUAUCACAGCAGUAUUCGGACACUUCCAGAUGAUCAGCACGAGGCGUUUGUCGCGGGGGCUCGAAUGCUCCAGCAUGGCAUGGUCAGCGGGUCCACGAUGGACCCCGGGACGGCGCGGUUCUGGAUGGAUCUCACGGGAAUGAAGAUUCUGUACGUUUAUGGGUCGACGGAGUUGGGAGGGUCAGCGCUGAAGACGGAUGUUGAUGCUCCGUAUCUUGAUGUGGGUGGUUUGCCUGAAUACCCUACUAUCCAAACCCCCUACUGA